AUGCAAAUGACGCGCACACAGCAAGCACUAAGCCAUACCUCAUGUUACAUGGCUCUGCCCUCGACUACCAAAUUACCAUACAAACAUCAAGUCAAUCGUAACAUUUCGGCAUUGGUUGGCACAGAAACUCAUUGUCAGAGGCAGAUGGCUGCAACUGCUCCUGCCUUCAACGCGUGCGGCGUGCGCGUAGCCCAGGAUCCCGUCAAGGGCAAGGUGGUCUACAGUGAGCGCACCUUCCAGCCUGGCCAGGUCAUCUUCAGCGAGUUGGCAUUCGUGGCAGCUCCAUGGAGCACAGAUCUAUGCGGCGGAUGCGAAGAGCUCCGAUCGGCCUCGGCCAUUGCCGCCAUCAAUCCAUCGACAGACACCCGCCACCGCUGCCACUGUGAGCGCACUGGUGCACCCAAGAUCAUGUACUCACCGAGACUGCAGGACAAUGUGGGCCGCCGCAAUGUGGUGGUAGGUAUCAUGAAGACCAUCGACGGCAUUGAGGAGGUGGACCGCGCGCGUUGCAUCCUCAAAUGUCUGGCCAUGUACGAGCACGACGCUCAUGCACUGGAUGAAGUGCUGGGUCUCACUUGUGCCGGACAGGAGCGAGUGAUGAACGCAGCCUUGCAAUUGCGUCGGCAGCUACCAGAUAUCUUCCCCGCGGGCUUCACGGACAAGCAGAUGGCUACACUCAUUGGCGUGCUUAACACCAACUCGCACGAGCUGGAGAACCUCGGAGGCUCUGGGCUGUUCCUGUCGGCGUGCCGCAUGGAGCACAACUGCAUACCCAACUGCAGCUUCACGACGUUUGACUCCACUCUCUGGAUGACCGCCAUUCGCCCCAUUGCACCAGGAGACGCGCUCUCCAUCGACUACGGCAACUUCUUCUACCGCCCGACGCCUGAGCGCCAGGAAUCGCUGCUGGAGUCGUAUGGCUUUGUCUGUACAUGCGAGGCCUGCGUCUCACUGCCGGAUCCGACGCGUGCUGUUCGUUGUCCGGCCGGAAACUGUCCACAGGGUGUCAUGCUGCCGUGUCCUGUGCGAACCAACGCUGCCAGCAUUCAACCGAACCAGUUGCAGUUUGAGUGGCGUUGUCAGACCUGCGGUAAAGUCGCAGAUACAGCGGAGCAAACGCAGAUCUUGGCGGCGGAGCAGGAGCUUCUGGAGAACGGAUUUCCCGAGAGUCUUGAUGAGGUCGAUGCCGUGGUGCACCGCGGUGUGCUGCACGAGCGUCACUACUUGCUCUUCUGGGCGUUGGAUAACAUCGGCUGCGACGCUGCUGCUGUCACUGCCUUCCAGGCCGAGGCGCUGAUGGCGCAGCACCGUCGCGUGCUGGCUCAGAUCUGGGAGCGCAUUAUCACCUACAUGAACGUGGUGGUUCCGACGGCUCACCAUGAGAAGACCAUUUACUACGACAACUUAGCGCAGGUCCAAGUGGUGCUCGGCGAUCUGAAAGCCGCCAGUGAAGCGUAUGCACGUGCGUACGAGGUCUCAUGUGUGGUCAGCGGCACAGACUGCUCCCCGACGCGCAAACUGCAGCGCUUGAUGGAGAAGCCCCCACAGACGGCCGAAGAACUACGGCAGCUAUACGCAGCGGAGGCACAGCACCGCCGGCGCCCUGCCAGCGAGGCCGACGACGAAGACAUGGAGGAGUGA